CUCUUUUGUUCAAGAAGUUGAUAAAAUAGAAGACUGUGUUAUGUCUUCAAGAAAAUUAUAUAUUUUGUUUGUCAAAAGCUAACUGUAGUCAGCUACAGUUGAAAAAGAUAAUGGAGGGCUUAACAGAGAUCAGUAGUGAAAGAAUUUUAUGACAAGAAGUGAAGACAAGAAAUGGUACAGAAAUUUGAUAUCAUGGAGUUCGUAUUAGGUGGCAUUGCAACAUGUGGUGCUGGACUUUUCACAAAUCCUCUCGAGGUUGUCAAAACGCGGAUGCAACUGCAAGGGGAAUUGAAAUCACGGGGACAGUAUGCUGUACAUUAUAGAAAUGCCAUGCAUGCCUUUUAUACUGUCGCGAAGACCGAUGGCUUGCUAGCUUUACAAAAUGGACUAGUUCCGGCACUUUGGUAUCAGUUUUUUAUGAACGGUUUCCGAUUAGGUACAUACCAAAUUCUAGUUAAUUUAGACUUUACCAAAGAUUCUCAUGGAAAUAUUAGUGCACUGCGAAGUGUUUUAGCUGGAGCAUUUGCUGGUUGUGUUGGAGCCUUUGUUGGUAGUCCUUUCUUUAUGGUUAAAACUCAGUUACAGUCGCAGGCAGCACAAAGUAUAGCAGUGGGACAUCAGCACCUACAUGAGAGUAUGACCCAGGGAUUAAGGAAAAUUUAUUCAGAGUUUGGUAUAUUAGGAUUAUGGAGAGGUGUAAGUGCUGCUAUACCACGUGUUACUGUUGGAUCUGGUGCACAACUUGCUACCUUCUCUACCACAAAACAAUUCCUAAUAGAUACACAGAUGUUUAAGAAAGAUAGUUUAUUAAUAGCGUUCAUAGCUAGUAUGGGUAGUGGUGUGGCUGUCACAUUAUUUAUGACACCUUUUGAUGUUGUUUCAACACGACUGUAUAACCAGGGUAUCGAUGCUGCAGGAAAAGGUCUACUUUAUAAAAACGUACUUGAUUGUUUUAUUAAGAUAUUUAAGAAAGAAGGACUGUGGGGAUUUUAUAAGGGAUGGGGAGCAUCAUAUUUUAGAUUAGGUCCCCAUACUGUAUUAAGUUUGGUAUUUUGGGAUAAAGCCCGGGAGAUGUAUAACAAGUUAAAUAAUAAGACGAGAAAUAUUGAAAUUAAGAGUUAGUAGUGGUUGGCCAGUUUCUUGUAUGGAGCAAACAAACAAAAAACCUUCUUAGAAUAUUAUAAUAUUCUCCACAUAGGUGUAUGGACCUACCAUUACACAUACAUAGUAGUAAUGCAUGUUUCCGUGGUCUGAUUUACUCAUAGUAGAUUAUUAGUAUGGCCAAACCAUUUUGAAGUUUAGAAAAAUUAAUAAUACUUGCUUGAUAAAGCGAGAGAACCUUCGUGGAAAAGUCGCCAGAAAUAAAUCUUUCGAGUAACUUGUAUUUCAUAUAAUUGUGUCAUGUGUUAAUAAUACUUGGUUGCUUGUCUCAUUUGGUAAAUUUUAAAAUUCGUUUUGACUUAAGAUAUUUUGUGAGAAGUUGUUUAUGUAAUAUAAUUGUAGUCUUGGAACCCAGUGGCUUUAAAACAAAGCUGUUGUGUUCAUGAUUGACUUUAUUAAUGUACAUGUAUAUCUAAGUAGAUUUAUAUUGUUAUAUUUUAUGAGCAUUUGAAUUACAUUGUAUAAAGAUUUCUAAAUGUACAUAAAUUUGUAUAACUCAACAUUAUCACAGGGUUUAAUGGCACUGAAAUUUGAUUUUACAAAUCAAAAUUUAGAGUGUAUUUUAUAAAUUUAAGAUCAUAGAAAUUUGAAAAAAUCUAUAUUUAUUGAUUGUCUCACUGCCACCUAUUUAUGGUAUCAAAUGAAUAGUUCUCUUUAACUCAUUUCAUAUACAAUAUUUUUUUUUGAUGUGAUAAAAAUGUUAAACUACCUUUAUUUUGGGUGCAGCUAUACAUCGUGUGACAUUAUUACUUGGUUUACAACUUGUUACAUGUGCCUAACAAGAAUUUAUCUCUUUUGAAAUAAAUUUGAUUGAUUUUGUUAUUUCAAAUGUAUGCCUCUGAAAGAAUAUUGUCCAACAUGACAGAAAUGAAAUGGGGUUUAACGUCCUACUGUUCAGCUCCUAAACUGGGCUAAUGAAGACGGGCCAAUAUGACAGCUGUUUAGUGCAAAGAUAUAUCAAAAAUAAUUUGUCUUGUGAAAACUGUGUUUAAUAGCUAAGUUCACAAAUGUAAUAGCUAAGUUCACAAAUGUAAUAGCUAAGUUCACAAAUGUUACCUCCAUUGAAAUAUAUUUAAAGAACAUUGAUGCAGGGGUUCGUAACUGGAAAGUCUAUUUUUAGUAAAUUUACAUCAGUACUAAUUACUAUCAAAACUCUGUAUAUGGCCCAAUGGACGACAAAUCUAGUAAUACCUAAAAAUUUGUAUGUUAGAAAAUUAUUGCAGGGAUAAGUGCUGAACAACACAAUUGUUCCAAAGGUGGAAGUUCAAAUUUUUCAGGGUGCAAUACUCCACAUUGGUUCAUGAAUUUAUCAUUUAUCAUUUAGUCAUUCAUAUUUUUAACAGUCAUUUUGUAGCACAAUUAGCAGUCAACAGGCUUUCAUUCUCAUAUUGACAGUCCUCUGACUUUUUGUGCCCUAUGGGCAUUCGUCACUAUGUCUACCAAAGAUUUGUUUCGUAUUGUUAUAUUAUGCACAAAUUAGAAAGAGUUUGCACCAUAUAGAAUCAGACAAAUUCAAUAAGCAAUCUCAUGAGUGCCUGUGAUUUAUUAUUAUAUUUAACUAUCACCAUAUAUUGUAUGUUCAAAUGUUGCUUUAAUAGAAUUAAGAAAAAUGUAAUUUUAAUUUAUUCAUACUUUUUUUUUAUGAUAUGUAUCAUAAUUUAUUAUUAUAUUAUUUUGUAAUAUAUAUAUUUACUUUACCAUCAUAAUUUGAUUUUCAAAAAAAAAAAAUCAGUAUCUCAUAGCGGUAGGGUAUUAGUGGCAGAGUAGCUAACAUUAGUCAAUUUUCGUCAUAAAGUUUGUCAUCCAAGUAUUAAGAUAUUUACUGUUUUUGUUGUAAUGGUCGGUCAUGGUUUGAUUUUUAUGUAUGUAAAUAUGUGUAAUUUAUCUAGAUUUUUCAUAUUAUUAUGGAUGAUAUUUUUGUAGAAUUAUUUUUAAAUUGAAUCAGGGAGAUUAUAUUUUAAACAGAUAAUUCAUAUUAUAAGAUAACAUCUGUCAAUGGAGGAUUGAAAAUUUAAAUAAAGGGUUAUUUCCCCCUUCUUACUUGGAAACGUUAAAGAUACUUUCCCAGAAAAGUAUUUAUCGGGUGGUUAUUUCCAAUAAAAGUAUAGCAAUUUUGGUAUAUAUGGAAAGUAGAAAUAUCCAAUCUUACUAGAAAAAUACUGGAUUCCCUGAAAAACACCAAUGGAGCGCAUACAGGCCAAAAAUGUCUGCUCGCAUGCCAUCGAAAGUUGCACGGGAAGAUUGAGCACUUGAUGUAUAUGUUGGUAAACUUGAUCAAGAGUUAAACAUUUUUAGUCCAAAUCACCCAGAACGUAUCUUUAAAUUCGAGAAUGCUUUUAGGAUGGAAUAUGUUAUAUAAUGGUAAGACAAGAGGAUUUACUAGACUUGGUGAGAGGUAUUAUAUACUGUUAUUAUCAGA